AUGAAUGAACCGUACCACGAAGUCGUCCAGGAUUUCUAUACAUCUGACCUCAAGAAACCUGUGCUGAAGGCUGGGAAUGUUUGGCCAUGCACUGGAAGGAGCAGCAGCAGCAGUUCUGGAGUUCCUUUUUCCCUCCCACGUGUCUUUCUUUGCCUCUCCUUGUUGUGCCUGAUAGGCAGUCUGCUGGGGCAUCCUCAGUGUCUGGAUUACAGGCCACCUUUCCAGCCCCCUUUUCACCUGGAGUUCUGCUCUGCCUAUGACAAUUUCGGCUGCUGUGACCAGGAGAGAGACAACAGCAUUGCAGCAAAAUACUGGGACAUCAUGGAUUAUAUUGAUCCCCGGGGGCACAAGCUGUGUGGAACAUAUAUCAAAGAUAUCCUCUGUCAGGAAUGUUCUCCGUACGCUGCACAUCUCUACGAUGCCGAAAACCCUCGGACACCCCUAAGAAACCUCCCAGGGCUUUGUUUUGACUACUGCUCCGAGUUUCACAUCAACUGCCGCUCUGCCAUCAGCCUGCUGACAAGCGAUAAGCACAUCCAAGAAUGCUGCGAGGCGAACAAGACGCGCUUUUGUAACCUCCUUCACCUGCACGAUGAGGACUACUGCUUCCCCAACGUGCUGAAGAACACGGCCCUCAACCGCAACCUGGGCUCGGUGGUGGAGGACCGCAGAGGCUGCCUCCAGCUCUGUCUGACCGAGGUGGCCAACGGCCUGAGGAACCCGGUGCUCAUGGCGCACGCCGGUGACCGUACCCACCGCAUGUUCGUAGCUGAGCAGGUGGGUGUGAUCUGGGUCUACCUCCCUGAUGGCAGCCGGCUGGAGGAGCCCUUUCUGGAUAUUAAAAAUAUAGUGCUGGCUACGCCGUGGAUUGGGGAUGAGAGAGGCUUUUUGGGCAUGGCUUUCCACCCCAAGUACAAGUACAAUGGGAAGUUUUAUAUCUAUUACUCGUACAUGGAUAAGAAUCGAGUGGAAAAGAUCAGGAUCAGUGAAUUGAAGGUUUUGGCAUCCGAUGUCAACAAGGCUGAUCCACUCUCGGAAAGGAAUCUUUUGGAGCUUGAAGAACCAGCUGCAAAUCAUAACGGUGGGCAGCUGCUCUUUGGUGUGGAUGGCUAUAUGUAUCUAUUCACAGGGGAUGGAGGGAAAGCUGGAGACCCUUUUGGAAAAUUUGGCAAUGCUCAGAACAAGAGUGCUUUGCUGGGGAAGGUCUUGAGGAUUGACGUGGAUGGAAAAAGCCCUGAUGGAAAGCCUUACCGCAUCCCUCCUGAUAAUCCAUUCGUGUCUGAUCCCAAGGCCCGUCCUGAGGUGUAUGCUUAUGGGGUCAGGAAUAUGUGGCGCUGUGCGGUUGACAGGGGCGACCCCAUCACAAAAAAGGGAAGAGGGAGGAUAUUCUGCGGGGAUGUCGGGCAGAACAGAUUUGAGGAAAUCGACAUCGUUGUUAAAGGAGGGAACUAUGGCUGGAGAGCGAAGGAGGGAUUUGAAUGCUACGACAGAAAGCUUUGCCACAAUUCCUCUCUGGAUGACAUUCUCCCCAUAUUUGCUUACGGCCGCAAUGUGGGGAAGUCGGUCACUGGAGGUUAUGUGUAUAGAGGAUGUGAGUCGCCCAACUUGAACGGCCUCUACAUUUUUGGUGAUUUCAUGAACGGUCGACUUAUGGCUUUACAGGAAGAUGAGAAGACAAGUAAGUGGAAGAAGCAAGAUAUCUGCAUUGGUAGCCCAAAAGCUUGUGCUUUCCCUGGAAUGAUCAGUUCUUACAGCAAAUUCAUCAUCUCCUUUGCUGAAGACGAAGCAG